GUGACGUUCAUUAGUCAGUGGAUGUCCGCCAUUGUGGUAUUUGUGCGUGGCCAUAUUUGUUCGUCCAUCUUUUAUAAACAUAAAAGUUAUGGCGGAUCACCAACAUGUAAUGUGCGAAGUGGAGAUACAGCCGGACAUUCAAGAAUGCGUUGAAAUUGAGACGAUUCCCGUGGAUAUGAGUGAUACGGUCGAAACUAUAGUCGAAUGCGGAGAGCCUAUGAUGUCUAUGCAAAGUCUGGAAGGCCGAGAACUCAUUUUAGAAACGCACGAAGAAAUUGUAGAUGAUUCGGGGGAUCCUCUGAAUCUUUACGAAGUCCCUGUCCCGGAUCAAACUGAGCUGUACGUUGAGACAACGGCGGGGCCCUCCAAGAAACGGAAGCACAUAAAAAGUCGGGGUAUAAUAAGGCGAGAAAACGAGUUCCUGUUGAGCGAUAUGCAUGUGGAAACAAAACCCAGAAAAUGGGAACAGAAACAGGUGCAAAUCAAAACAAUGGAAGGCGAAUUUUCAGUAACUAUGUGGGCUUCUGGGGCAAGCGACGAUGAAGGUUCGAAUCCAGAACCUGAUCCAGAUUACACCGAAUAUAUGACCGGCAAGAAAAUAGCAACCGAUGGUAUGCCAGGAUUAGAUUUAUCAGAUCCCAAGCAACUUGCUGAAUUUGCCAGGCCCGGCUUGAAGAGCCCCAGAGUCAGGAAACCUAAUCAAGACAUGACAGAAAGAACCAUUGCCUGCCCCCACAAAGGAUGCAACAAGAUGUUUCGAGAUAACUCAGCCAUGAGAAAGCAUCUGCACACGCACGGGCCUAGAGUUCACGUUUGUGCAGAAUGUGGAAAAGCAUUUGUAGAGAGUAGCAAACUAAAAAGGCAUCAGUUAGUUCAUACUGGAGAGAAACCAUUUCAAUGCACUUUUGAAGGCUGCGGUAAAAGGUUUAGCCUUGAUUUUAACUUGAGGACGCAUGUUAGAAUACACACAGGAGAUAGGCCAUAUGUCUGCCCGUUUGACGGUUGCAACAAGAAAUUCGCGCAGUCUACUAACCUGAAGAGUCAUAUUUUGACGCACGCUAAAGCCAAGUCUAGGAACAAUACCCAAUCGAGAUCUUCGAACAAUAUUCAAAUAAUGCAACCAUACAUGCAGGUUGAGGUGGCAGAUCCCGAAUAUAUCGUUUAUACUGAUUAAAAUGGGUUUUAAGUGGAUUUACUUUUGCAGUGUCCGAUACAAAAAAAUGGCGUAACUCAACGUAAAGCAGCUACAUUGUUACACCAAAUGAUAUCGGAGUUAUUUCACUAUAAAAAAAUAAGUAGUAAACUUAUAGGUACCUCAUUUCAGGUUUAUUGUAUAUAGUUAAUAUUAAACUUUAACUUAACCUACCUUGUAUAAACCAAAAAUGUUUUUUUUUAUUUUUUAAACUUGCAUAUAUACAUAUAAGGUUAAGAUAGUGUGUCAUGUUACUGUGUAACAUGGCUUUUAUUUUAUUUUUUUUCGUGUGUGCAUUUUUUUUAAGUAAAAAACACGCAAAUUCGAGUAAUCACGUAUUAAUGCUUGUUCCAAAUACUUAUUUGACAAUUUUAUUUUACUGACAUUUAGUUUAUUUACGUUAGAAAUGAAGCUUUUUGAGUAUAGAAUGAUUUGUUAUGAUGAAAAAGUUUAAUAAUCAAACAGGCUUAAAAUUCUAAUGUAAUUUUUAAUAAGAAUUGUUUAUCUGUCAUUUUGAGACACGUGACAAUGAUAUAAGGUGUUAAGAGAGGCGUUAUUUUGACAGAUGAAGUGUCAUAAUAAACGUUUAUAUGCUAAAUAACAUAAAACCGCACUUGAUUAUGAAACUUCUUCAUCAUAUUGUAUUUUAUAGCUAAAGACUCGGUUUCCCAGCUUAUUUGGUCUGUCUGACUAUUCGUAUUUAUAAUGUGACUGACUUUUUUUAUUUGGAAUUCUAUUUAUUUUUUAAGAAUAUGUCUUCAGUAGAAGAUUAAUUUAUAAUGGGAGGAACGAAAUUAUUUUGCAUAGUACAUUCUAAAAUAAUUAUUGUACAGGGUGUCUCAGUAAGAAUAGCUGUGGGCUGUAUCUCUGAAAGUAUUGGCCGUAGGGUUUACGUAAGAAAAAUAUUUUUACCAAAGAGGCUAUGAGAAAUUGCUGGAUAUUAUUUUCAAGUUUGUAGAACGGUCGCUAGAGGGACUGCUAUAGAAAAUAAGAAAUGGAAUUUUUAGAAAAUUUUGCCUAGAUAAGGUGUACUAUAGUAAACGCCACGAAUGUUUGGGAGUGAUUCAUCGGUCGCUACCAUGUGAGCUAAUCUGUUCAAGGUCACCUAAAACUUAAUUCCA